AUGGCCGACUUCCAGAACAUCGCACAGCAAUUUGUGCAAUUCUACUACCAGACCUUUGACUCGGACCGUCAGCAGCUGGCCGGUCUCUACCGCGAUAACUCUAUGCUCACCUUCGAGACCUCUUCUCAGAUGAGCGUCGCCCCCAUCAUGGAGAAGCUGACCAGCCUUCCCUUCCAGAAGGUCCAGCACCAGAUCUCCACUCUCGAUGCUCAGCCCUCUGUUAACGGCAGCAUCAUCGUCAUGGUUACCGGUGCUCUCAUCGUCGAUGAUGAGCCCCGUCCCAUGAACUACACCCAGACUUUCACUCUCAACCCCGAGGGUGGCAGCUACUACGUCUUCAACGACAUCUUCCGUCUCAUCAUGGGUUAA